AUGCACGAGAGCAAAUCAUACAACUCUUUCUUGGAACAGAAUGUGCCCCUUACUUAAUUACCUCUUCUCGUAUCUUGGGCAUGGGGGAUGAACCAUGUUCGAGCGAAACCAGUCCCAAUCCGGCUCUUCAUUUGCCCAAUGACUUUCGUCGCAACAUCCACCCUCAUAAUCACCCCAUUCAGCGUCCGUAUCAUAAUCAGGAGGAAGAGGGUCUAGGGCCGCUUCCCGCGUCGCCAGCUCAAGAAGCGCUUCAGUCAGUGUCUGCCCUGCAAUUUAAGUAAGAAAGAAUUCGCAAGAUAGAAAUUAAAUCAAUUAAGUAGCAGUAAAUAUCGAAAG